AUGCUGCGAACAACAGUUACUCGUUACACUCGCGGUUACGCUGCUUCCACUGCCAGGCGGUUCUACGCGACAGCUCGAACAGAGCCCUGCAAAACCUACCUUGAACCAACCCACGUUGCGUCCAAGCCUUCCGCCAAGACCCAGGCUUUCCUAGACCGGGGAAGCACCUACCUACUCCCUGUCUACGCUCGACCUGAUUUCAUUGUGGAAAAAGGGAAAGGCUCGUGGGUUUGGGAUGUAGAUGGCAAGAAAUACUUGGACUUUACGGCCGGUAUCGCUGUCAACUCGUUGGGGCACGCGGAUGAGGGCGUCACGAAGGUUCUGGCAGAACAGGCUGGGAAGCUUCUCCAUGCUAGCAACGUCUACCACAAUGAAUGGGCCGGAAAGCUCGCGGAAUUACUUGUCACCCUUACCCAAAAAGAAGGCGGUCUCGGGUUUUCCCCCAGUUCCAGCUCAGAUAACGUCAAUGGGGACCAGGUCCCCAAGGUUUUCUUUGCCAACUCGGGGACCGAGGCAAAUGAGGGUGCCUUGAAGGUCGCCCGUAAAUUCGGCAAAGAGGGUGGUGUCGAUGGCAAGAGUCAAAUCGUCUGCUUCGAGAACGGCUUCCAUGGUCGAAGCAUGGGCGCCCUUAGCGUUACGCCCAACCCCAAAUACCAAGCUCCAUUUGCGCCUUUGAUCCCGGGAGUUGCUGUGGGGAAGGUCAACCAAUUUGAGGGUUUGGACAGUUUGGUCAACCAGGAUACUUGUGCCGUCAUUGUCGAACCGGUGCAGGGUGAAGGAGGCAUCAAUGCUGCGAGCCUGGAGUGGCUGCGAGCACUUCGGAAACGGUGCAACGAAGUCGGAGCGGUAUUGAUCUUCGACGAGAUCCAGUGUGGGCUGUAUAGGUCUGGCACGCUCUGGGCACACUCCGAGUACCCAGUCGACUGCCAUCCUGACAUUGUUACGAUGGCCAAACCAUUGGCGAAUGGGUACCCCAUCGGCGCGGUGUUGAUCAGGCCAGAGAUCGCAAAGACGAUGGGUGCGGGAACCCAUGGAACCACGUUUGGCGGUUCACCCCUCGCCUGCGCAGUUGGUUACCACGUCCUGAGCCGGUUAAGCGAGCCCGCGAUGAAGAGUCAUGUUUUGGAAACCAGUGCCUAUCUGCGUGGCCGUCUGGAGCAGCUCCCGAAGUGGUUCCCUGAGCUUCUCCAAGAGAACGUCCGUGGGCGCGGGCUUAUUUUGGGGAUCGGAUUCAAGGACACAGAGGUACCCGGCAAGGUUGUGCAGCUGGCACGAGAGCGAGGAGUGUUUAUGCUUACUGCAGGCAAAGACGCGAUCCGCUUUGUGCCGAGCCUGAAUGUGAGCAAGGAUGAAGUAGACUUUGCUGUUGAUGUUCUUGAGAGUAGUCUAAGUAGGGUAUGA